CUCAAAGCCCUCAGCUUCUUCCCCUGCCAUACAAUAAUACCUGCAUUCCCAGUCCCCUCCUGAAUCCCCGCCAUCUUCCGAUAUCUCCUCACAAUCUAUACGGCCUGACACCAUGUCCCCUUUCCCCCAGACCGCAAAGCUCAAUAACCCUGUCUGUGUCUUCUGUGGCUCAUCCCCAGGAAACAAGCCCCUUUUUGUCAAAGCCGCGGAAUCAGUUGGUAAAGGUCUUGCCAAAGCCAAUAUACCGCUUGUCUAUGGCGGUGGCCGACGAGGUAUCAUGGGCGUCGUCUCUCAAUCGGCAUUGUCCGCCAAUGGGUAUGUCCAUGGCAUUCUCCCUCGUGCACUUGUCGAGCCGGCAUCGGAACCCACACCGGCUCCGUGGUCUACCACGAACGGAGACACGGCCCGGAGCAAGGAAGGGACUGGAAAGGAUGUCGUGGAAGAUGACAACCAAGCCAAGUUGACCGUCGAGGUUGUUGGGACUAUGCAUCAGCGAAAGCUGGCCAUGGCUAAACUGUCAACCGGAGGGUUUAUAGUGCUUCCUGGCGGCUAUGGUACUCUUGAAGAAGCUCUUGAGAUGAUCACCUGGAAUCAGCUCGGUAUCCAUCGCCUUCCCAUCAUCAUCUUGAACAUUGGCAACUUUUUCACCCAUCUCUAUAAGCAAUUCGAGAACUCAGUCGAGGCUGGCUUUAUCGCUCCCAGUAACCUCUCAUUGUUGAGACUGGUCGACUUGGAAGGCGGUGAGGAGGCCAAUAUUGAUGAAACAAGGGCAGAUGAAUGGGGUCAAGCUGCCCUGAAAGCUCUCAAAGAGUGGAGCGUCGAUGAGGAUGUCGGAUACAAUUUAAAUUGGAAAGAAGAAGAUGAUGGCGGCACACAAGAUACUUUUCGUAGCCCCUCCUACCUAUUUACCACCAUGCGCUGUACCUUUCCCUCGGCCACAUCUACCUCUAUAUCCGAAGCAGAUUUGCCGUUAAUCGGCUACCACCUUGAGCGACUCCGAGAGGCACAUGCCCACUUUGCAGAGCGUGAUACGCAUUACUGGGGUGAAUGGCCUGGUGACGACUCUGUCACGGACAAAUGUUUGCAAGUCUUACGAGAGAAAGCACAGGAAGGCGAGGGGGAUUAUCGAGUUAGAAUUGUCAUCUGCCCGAAAGGUAUAGUCAAAGUUGAAGUGCCUCCUGCACCCAAAGAUGCCGGCCCAUUCAGUUUGGAGAUCCCGACUGCCUCGAUGGCUAGAGCAAGACCUCUGGUGCUUGAUCCAGCUGUUACCGACGUGCGAGGAGAAGACCCAUCGAAUAGAAAGUUUAGAUUAUACAAAACCAGCCAGAGGGAACUGUACGAUCUGGCAUAUGAGCGUGGUAGCACUCUUUCUCCAUGUCACCCUGAAGUUCUCUUGCACACAUCAACUCAUCUCCUGGAAACUACGACUUCAAACAUUGCUAUUCUCUCUCCCUCCGGCCAGUGGAUUACACCAUCGAUUUCCUCUUCAACUCCUCUUCUCAAUGGAGUUGUAAGGAGGUUUCUCCUGGAGAGCGGAGUCAUAGAGGAAGGCGAACUGACACUGGCGGAUUUUGAGCGCGUAAAGGCGGAAGGAGGACGAAUCAUUGGAUUCAAUGGUUUGAGGGGUAUCUGGGAAGGGAAAAUCAUCUAGAUUCCGCUGUUACAUUACAGUAUGCGACUGUCCUACAGUUACAUCUCGUAUUUUAUUCUAAUUUGGUUUUACUUCCCGCUGCCCAUACAAAAAUGUAAACACUCUGCGCCCUCAGUUCCAACAGGUACGCUGAUCCCAACCAUACACCUUGUGCAAGGAUCCAUGCUACGACCAGAGCCGCAGUCUUUUGUCGGGAUAAACGUAGUUGUGGUAUAACAGGGGGCAGUAGGGGGAGAAACCACGUGAAAUAUUGCGAGGUGCAGACUUUGUUGAACGCCACAAACAGAGCCGUUUGAAGAAACAUUGCGAAACAUAACGAAGAGGUGGACAGCGAUGUGGUAAUAAUGAGACUGAUCUGAGGUAGGAAUGAUGUCAGAGGAUGUCGGAUGACGGCAAGGAGCGCAGAAGGUAAAGGCGAGGCGGUUGGUGACGGGAAGAAGGAUAGGUAGAUGGGAUAAAAGUAUGGCGAAAAGUUGUGUCGGUGAUCGAGUCGGGACAGGUGGUAGAGAUAGGUAUGGUCAAGGAAGGGCUGUCCCCAUCUACUUUCAUUAUCAGUGGGAUACCUCUACAAUAAUGCGUUAACUCGCAGAAAUGCACCCACAUAGACCAGAGUGCUCCGUUGAUCAACACAAAGCUA